CCUGGUGGUCCAUUUGGUCCUCCCUCUAGCAGUGACAGCACCAGCGAAAGUUUCAUACCUGGGACACAGGAAGAUUCCACAGGGAAUUCUCUGUUAUAAUCGAGCGCCCUCAACGGAUGGUGAGGCUUGUAGGGCAGGGUCAGGAAUCAUCAUCUUUGAAGCUUGGCCAUUGGAUAUAUGAGGAUCAGGAUAUAUCUAAGAAACUAAUGAGGAGCCGAACAUCCGUAGUAAAGGAGCAUGAAUCUUUGCAACGAGUCAAUGAGAUCCUGGAGACGAUGCUAGAAGUCACCGAAGAAGAGAAACUUGCCCCAAACACCUGCUGCCAAUCUAUUCAAUCCUUUGCCGUAAUUCGUGCCAUUGCUGAUCUUGCCUUCACGUCAGCCAACGAGGGAUAUCUCACCGCAUUAAAUACAUGGAAGAAGGUUCAAGCGACAUGGCAAGAAGAUGACACACAUGGAGGUCAUUGGGAAGUGCUUCGGGCUUCAAUAGAUCAUUUACUCAUUACAUCCACCCUUUGGAGCCCUAUGAGCUACACAAGCAGGAAGAAGGGUAACGAAGACAGUUUUUCACAAAACAUUGUCCGUCCUUUUUUGAUGGGUGCAUUUGGCCGCUUGUCUGGUGUCAGAUUCAGAGGAAGUGGUGACCCCUUCACCUGUGGGAAUGAGCUGGAUAAGGAACUGAAGUUCCCGGACUUCUCUGUCACUAUGGACUGCUACAAUGCUUCAUUAGGAGAGCAUUACCUAGUGAUCGCUGAGAUAAAGCCCCCUAGCGCCUCUCAGGCUGAACUUGACGACGAUUAUAUUAAAUUGUCUAAUCUAAUGAAAAGUGCCCUUGAUUGGCAGCUAGGACAGGGAUAUGAUGAUGGAGCUGUGGUUGGAAUUCUAGUGCAAGGUUGGAGAGUGUCCGUGUUUUAUAUUGUCUUGGAGCACGAGGCAAUAUAUGAGCUGAGGAACAUAGGGCAAUUUUCACUGGUUGCUGAUCACACCCAAUUGGCACAACUUCUUUCGAUCUGCCCAGUUCUUUUAAAGGCCAAGGAGAAGGUUGAGAAGACUAAGGAAAUCUUGUACAAGCGACCAUUGUCAAAACAAUCUUGUAAGGACGAAUUCCGUCGACCAUCUUACAGCAUCACCCCGACUUUGAUUUAUCCAGAUAAGCAUGAUGAGGUGAACCAAAAGCAACAGGCGCUAGGCAAAAACAAAGAUUCUGAGGAUAAUGACGGCGCGGAGAGUGAGGAUAGUGUUGUUGAGGCUCAUAAAAAGGGAUUGAAAAGGAAAUCAAAAGCGCAGCCGAAAGAAAAGCCGAAAAGAGCAAGGGAUCAGAAAUGAACAAUAGCAGUGGAAAGUGUUGUCUGGCCCAUACUUCAUCAUUUGUGCUUUCUUAUUUAGCUUCAACUUCAUCGCUACCGUUGUACUGUGCAUCUUCUUUGACUCUGUGCUAUCCACAUCCUUGCAUCCAAUUGAACCCUCAUAGUCAUAUCGGCCAUCCUCAUAAUGUACCUGCCUCCUCCUUUGAUCUAUGGCCUAUAAUCAAUAUCAACAAAAUA